ACUGAAUCCUCUUCUACUCAAAUCUUCGACCCUAUAAUCGCCUCAGAGCUGAGGUUUGAGAGCUCUCAGAGCACCGCAAGUCGCAAACCAAUUGUUGUCCAUACACCAACCACUGCAAACAACGCCAUCAUGGGUGUCGCAAAGAAGACGAGAAAGUUUGGACAGGUCAAACGAGUGAUGGGACUGAAGGAUACCCGACUCAAGGAGAACCGAUUGAAGGAGGAGCUCAAGCAAAAGGAACAGGCCGCCAAGAGGACAGUAGGAGGCGAGGUCGUCAAAGAAGUUGCCCAGAUGCCGAGCGGCAUGUACUUUGCUCACAACACAAACAUCAGCCCGCCAUAUAACGUUCUUGUCGACACAAACUUCCUCAGUCAUACCGUCCAGCGGAAACUCUCCCUACUCGAGUCCAUGAUGGACUGCCUCUACGCGAAAUGCAACCCCAUCAUCACCUCCUGCGUCAUGGCCGAACUCGAGAAACUGGGAACGAAAUACAGACUGGCGCUCAAGAUUGCCCGCGACGAGAGGUGGCAGCGGAUACAGUGCGACCACAAGGGCACAUAUGCAGACGACUGCAUCGUGGACCGGGUCACCAAAGACAGGAUAUACAUCGUGGGCACCAACGACAAGGCGCUGAAGCAGAGGCUACGCAAGAUCCCCGGCGUUCCCAUCAUGAGCGUGGCGCGGGGCAAAUAUGUAAUAGAGAGGCUGCCGGGACAGCUGCCUACAUAACGGAGUUGGAGGGGUCGAAGCAUUGGAUUUCUGUUCAUCUCUUUAUCGUCGCUACUUCUCUUCAAUCCUGUUGAAUCUUUUCUCCGGCCUUACUGUUUGCGCAGGCUCGCGCUCUGGAGUUUAGCGCAAGUCCGAAAACCAUAUUGCUUAGGUAAUACAGGCAUGGCACAUGCAGCCUUCGUCGUCACAAAUCCGUAGUUGAGCUUCGAGACCCUGAAUCAACUG